UUUUCACUUACUUAAAACCUUCACACUGUAACUAGACACUAUGCAGAUGAGAAUUUGUUCUUGGGGACCAUUGAAAUAUUAUACUGGACAGUAUGGGCAUUCAAUGGUUGAGCCACUUCUUUCCUGUUCAAAGUUGCAGAUGUAUGCGUUGAUGAGUUUGUUUGUCAUUUAUCAAUAUAGGCAUGUAAAGCUCCACGAGAGCAGAAUAAUAUGCAUCAAAUACAUGAUAGAUGGAAGAGUUCAAACUGAAAUGUUAUUAAUGAACACAAUUCGGCUGCUUAAUAAGUUAUGCUCUAUAUGAGACUGCAUUCAGUGUGUUGUUUUACCUGUAUUUAAGUGAAUAAAAAUAACCAAACUUAUGCAUGUAUUUCUCUGCAGAUGAGUAACCAUGACAACAGACUUGUGCACAGAUGAUGUGGUGGUGCAUAUUACUGGGCCUCAGAUUUUAUCUGCGGGCGGUAUAGUGGAGCCGGAGCCGCUGCCGUCGUGCGCGGGCGGGGCGGGCGGCGCGGGCGGGGCGGGGCGCGCGGGCGCGAGCGGCGGCGCCGAGCUCGGGCGGCGGCUGCUGGUGGCGGCGCGCGCGGGCGACACGCGCGCCGUGCUCGACCUCAUGGCGAAGGGCGCGCCCUUCACGACUGACUGGCUGGGCACGUCGGCGCUGCACCUGGCGGCGGGCGCGGGCCACGCCGACACGUGCGCCGUGCUAGCGCGCGCCGGCGUGUCGCGGGACGCGCGCACCAAGGUCGAGCGCACGCCGCUGCACCUCGCCGCCUACGCCGGACACACCACCGUCGUCGAACUGCUGCUCGACCUCGGCGCAGCUAUAGAUUGCAGGGACAUGUUGCGCAUGUCGCCGCUGCAGUGGGCGGCGGCGCGCGGGCACGGCGCGGCGGCGGCGGCGCUGGUGCGGCGCGGCGCGGAUUUGUCGCUCGUGGACAAGUUCGGGCACACGGCGCGUGCGCUGGCAGCGCGGCGCGGACACCAGCACGUGGUGCGCGCGCUCGACGACGCGGCGCGUGCGCGGGAGGCGCAGCGCUCCGUGCGCGCGCUACAAGCAGAUCAGAUGCCUGAGUCACCAACAACAGACGCACAGAUGCGUUCCUUCGAAACAGUACAAAAACUAUCAGAUGAAACAACUUUAAAGCAGAACAAACUACAACAAGAAAGAAGCACAACUAUAAAGACGGAGCCAGUUACAGAAUCGAGCGAGGAGGCGCCGGCGGGCGGUGCGGGCGGUGCGGGCGGCGCGGGCGCGGGGGGCGCGGAGGGAGCGGCGGCGCAGCUGCUGCGCAAGCACGGCAUCACGCUGCUGCCCGCCGACGACGGCAGCACCGUGCUCAACGCCUUACAGAGCGGACGCACCGUCGUGCUCUCAGACGCGGGCAAGUUGAUGUUGAAGGAGAGCGACGAGCUGGCGACGCUGAGCCGCGUGAGUGCGGCGAGCGUGACGGGCGCGGCGAGCGCGGCGAGCGUGACGGGCGCCGGCGGGCGCGCCGGGCUCAAGGUGUUCACGCUCAACAACAAGCUGCUGCUGCCCGCGCACGCGCACUCGCCCGCCAAAAAACUCAUACAUCCCAACGACUUGCAGGUAAAAUUUGUACAAUUGCCAGCGGACAAUAAGCUGAACUCUGCGGGGAAGACUAUCCCGAUGAAGGCGAAGGCGAAGGCGGCGAGCUCGGGCGCCGCGCGGCCCGCCGUCAAGAUCAUCAUGAACAAGGCCAACUUCAACAAGCUGCUCGCCAACGCAACCACCACGCGAGUCAGCCACGCCGCCGAUGCGCAGGCGACGAAAAGCACAAACGCGAUGAGUAUGGACAGCAGCAGCGUGUCGGUGGGCGGGGCGGGGGGCGCGGGCGUGGCGGACGUGUGCGCGGUGAGCGCGGAGGCGCUGGCGGCGCUGCCCGCGGCCGCGCUGCGCGCUCUGCUCACGCGCGCGCUGCACGAGCUGCGCGACACGCGCAAGGCGCUCGCGCAGCUCCGCGAGGCGCAGCAGCGCUGAACACCGCGCCAGGCACAGUGCGCCGGCACGCACGCGGACUAUCUUAUAAACAUCUGUAUGCGACGGAGCUCCUGCGACAUCUGCGCGACAAUUGAACAUAAACAAAACACCGCGUCGCCCAGGACCAUAUUACGGACUGAAUAUGUAAACCUACAAUGACAAGCUGUCAUGCGUAAAGCAAUAGCUAAUGCAUGAUCUAGUUCUUUCCUAACGAAAUAUUAAGUCUGAAGUUGUUCUAAUCAUUGGUCUCAAAACAAUAUGUAAAUGUGCAUAACAAUUACAAAACUGAUAAGGAAAUGUUCAACGAAACUUCGGAGAACCUCAUAUAAGCUAUAUUGAUGCAAUUCUCCAUAAUCCCCAAAGACAUGGAAAUAUUAAACAUAGAAUACUAUUGCCAUGUAUAAGACAAAAGCAGAAACAGGGAUAAUCAAGAAUCUUAAACGCAAGACUUGUAGUUGUAACAGAUGAUUUACACUUCAGUCAAAAUAAACAUUCAUACAAUAUUUAAUAGCACUUAUGUUGUAAAACUGUAAUUGUCUGCAAUGGAAUGGGUGCACAACUCACUUGAAUAAUAUUGUAAUGACAAAAUUGCAGACUGUAUAAAUCUUUAGACUGGCCUAGAUGUUGCCUGGAAAUGUGACUAGGUGAGUGGAUUUAUAAGAUAAAUAUUUUCUAUUUUUGUACUCAACUGAUUUUUAAACAUAAACAAUAAGACAUAGUUUUAUAGUAGGUCAUUAGUUCUCUGAUAUAUCAUUAAACAUAAUUGUAAAUAUUGUAAAAUAAAAGCAGAGGAAUUAAUGUAUUAAGAGUGUUAAAAAUAAAUGUUAAUUGUUUGUA